AUGGCAGAUGUGAACUUGAGCCGUGAGGCCCUGCCACAGCCGCCGGGCUUUGGGACCGGGACGAGCUCUGCGUGGGAAAAUUACAAGCCGGCAUCCUCCAGCAACGGCGGCUGGGAUGAUAACCACGGCGGAAAUGAUGGGAGAUGGGACCAGGAAAGGGGUUCUGAUGGUGACAAGUGGGCCCAUGACAAGUGGUCUCACGAAAAGUGGCCCAAUGACAAGUCCAACGACAAAUGGUCUGGCUACAGCGGAGGUGGAGGCGGCAAGAAAUGGGGGAAGUCCAACUGGUCCUCGGACGCUAAUGUUGGGUCGUGGUAUGCAGGUGGUUGUGGCGGGCUUGUCGGUGAGGAGAGCGCCACCGUCGAAAUCCAUGAUGAGGAAAUUGAAUUCCCGCGGACAGAAAUGCUCCUCUCAUCCGAAAAUUUUGCGAGCUUUGGCCUCGGGCCAGAGGUGAUGGAGGGCAUCAACAGCUUGGGGUACGUGAGACCGUCCGUCAUCCAGGCGCACACUCUGCCGCGGAUACUGGGUGAGAAAGGUCAAGGUGGAAAGAGCCUUCAGGCGCAGGCGCAAAACGGAUCUGGAAAGACUGCUUGCUUCAGCAUUGCGGUUCUGCACGCGCUUGACAUCUCUGUGCUGCAGCCGCAGGCAAUCAUUUUAUGUCCAACGAGAGAGCUCGCGCGGCAAAACCAUGACUUCCUCAACCUUAUCGGGUUUGGGCUGCGCCUAAAGACAAAGCUCGUGUGCCCUGGAAUGGAGCGCGUUCCGACCGGCAGCACGAUAGACGUCCAUGUCCUCAUCGGCACGCCUGGCAAAAUGAUGGACAUGUGCAAGAAGAGGUUCGCCUAUGUCAGGGAGCUAAAGGUCUUAGUGCUUGAUGAAGCCGACGUGAUGUUGGACCAGGAAAACUUUAUGGGCAAUCAUGUCAUGGACGUGAGGAAGCACUGUCCAGAAAACGUCCAGAUCCUCUUCUUCAGCGCCACGUACCCGGAUCAUGUGCAAAUCUUCGCGCGCAACCUGCUUGCCAGCAAGACCGUGAUCAAGGUCUCGAAAGAGGCCCUGACAGUCGCUACAAUCCAGCAGACGUACAAGGUCUGCGCGGAUGAGAGCGACAAGUUUGAGCAGUUGAUGAACAUCUUCGGUUCUCUGAGCAUGGGUCAGAGUAUCGUCUUCUUCAACUCGAGGAGGAAGGCAUUCCAGAUCGCAGAGCAGCUUCGGGAUGAGGGACGGGUGGUGUCGCUCAUUUGUGGCUCGCAGAGACAGGACGGGCAGGGAGAAGAUUACCUGUCAGUGGAGGAGCGAGAUCGGGUCAUGAGCGAAUUCCGUGGUGGAAUGACGCAGGUCUUGGUCGCGACUGAUGUACUUUGCCGUGGGAUUGAUAUUCCCCAGGUCACUCUGGUGGUGAACUACGAAAUGCCCCUCGCGAAGGGCUGGACUUCAGGGGUGGCGAUGGAGACAUACUUGCACAGAGUCGGGAGAACCGGUCGGUUCGGGCUCAAGGGCGUCUCAGUCAGCCUUGUCACACCCGACGAGAUCAAGCACAUUCAAGAGGUCAUGGACCAUUUCCAGUGCAAGAUCAUGGAGAUUGACUACGACUGGGAGGAAUUUCAGGAGAAGCUAACGACUCUGCGGGUUGAAUAUGACAAGGCAAACGGCAACAGCGAGCAGUGA